AUGUCGUCCAUGCUCAAACCGUUCCUGAACUCCGUCAUCUCCAUCAUAACGAACGAUGGCCGGCACAUUGUCGGUCACUUGCGUGGCUUCGAUCAACAAACAAAUCUUAUAGUUGAAAACUGUCACGAGAGGGUCUAUUCCAUGGAGAACGGCGUGGAGAUGGCACCGCUCGGUUUAUAUGUAGUAAGAGGAGAUAACGUAGCGCUAGUUGGAGAUGUGGACGAGGAGUUGGAUCAAAAGUUAGAUUUGAGCGCUGUUCGUGCGAAAGGCCUAGGACCCAUACAAUGGUAA